AUGAUUAUCCAGAUGGACAACAGUGGUAAAUUUCCACUUCGGGUCCCUGGAAUCAAUGCCAUUCCUGUGAAUUAUGAGCUCGACGUCAAUGAGCGGUUCGCCCAUGGGCCUCCCGCACACUCAAGAAACAAGGGUCACACCCCGCGUCUUACAAGGCCUGAAGUAUUGCUCCUUCGUCUCAUAGAACAUGUGACCGACAAGAAAAACUGGGAACAGGACAUCUUUGAUGAAAAUGUGGUCACCGAGUGGUAUACCGAAGCCAAGUUAGACUCAACGCUGGGAAGCGAUUCAAGAUAUGAAUGGGACAUCGAUUUCAAUAUGGACUUGGUUUCGGCAAACACCUGGAACUGGUGCAUUCAGGAGCUUCGGGAUAAGGCCCUCCAUUCCACCAAGAAGGGAUAUGUCCUCAUAUUGAAUGCCGAUUCUGGUGUCUGCAAAUCCGAUCUGCUAGUUGCAAGCAACUUACAGGAAUCUUUGCAAGACUCACUUGGUCAUAUAUUGAACCGUCAUUCAAAGCUGCCUCUAAAAGAAAAAGAUCUGGGCUCCAUCCUUGAACUGGUCGACCCGUCACUUUUCAUGCUCGCCUACGGUCGGACUGCUGUUCUGAACCAAGGAGGUCAGUUUGAGGACGAGGGUAAAGUGAUGCGGAUUGCGUCCUACAUCAACAACCUACACCCAAAACAUACCAAAGCAUAUGCGUCAAUUGAACAGCUCAUCAGCUUAAGCCUAGAGCCCUGGAAUGAUGUUUUGAAGAAAGGAACAACAAGUCGAUACCCGCUACGCAUCAAAACAUUCGGGUUCGAAGCCAUUGAGCCUGACGAAAUAUGGGGCACAUUUGAACCCUGGCUCUGGAAAGACAAGCUGCCUGGUGGAACCUGGACACAAGAGACAUGGGAUGAUUAUUGUAUCAAAGCAAAAGAGUAUCUCUCAUUACCGGAACUUGACCAGAAAUACCGUGUCCAGCACCAGGAUCCGUGGGAGCCACAGGAUGAACCAGAGGAUAUAAUUGGCUCAAUUACUCCCAGUAUGUGCGAGUCAUGGGAAUCAGCGGACCUUUGGAACAAACCAAUAGAAUGGAAGUGGGAAAGACUACAUACAUUCAAGUACCCAGAGGCUGGGGCUUCUUACUCCUACGAGGAUUGGAAGAGCGGAAAAACAGCCAAACCGUUCAUCGAUAGAAGGGAAGACCGUGGCGACUCUCCGCACACCGAUCACAUGUACCAGUCCAUUUCACUACAAGAUGAUUUCCGUGAGCAGGGACUUCAAAUUGUUAUUCGCGUGUCCAGUAUCGAUCUCACGCCAGAAAACCCGUCAUAUCAAGGAGAUGAUGAUUUCCACGUGGAUGGUCUACGGAAUGAGCAUAUCGUCGGUGUGACAAGGUACUACUACGACGUUGAGAAUAUCACCGAUGCACGUAUUUCCUUCCAACAAGAAGACGACAUCAACCCAUUCGAGUUUAGACUGGGUGUUGACGCCAUGCACAAGAUAUUCGGACUCCCGCUCUUCGAAGGAGAGGAGUACCGUCCACGAAAGCUUCAAACAUUUGGCUCGGUGGGCACAAACCAGGGUCGAUUCCUCGCCUGGUCCAAUAGCCUUCGUUACAAAACAAGACCAUUUACACUGGACGACAAAAGUCGACCUGGUCACCAACGAUUCAUUUCCCUUUUCCUGGUUGACCCUCAUUACCGCAUCUGCUCCACUCAGAAUGUACCCGCUCAACAGCAUAAAGAGUGGCGAGACGCAGUUCUCGGUGAAAUGGCCUGUUUUACCAAGUUGCCUCAAGAGAUCGCAGACACAAUAAUGGACCAGACGGGAGAUUGGCCUAUCGGUACGGCCGAGGCACAGAAAUGGAAAGAUGACUCGGAAGCGGAGCGACAUCGCGCUAGAGAAGUUCAAUCUUCUGAGGUGGGCUAUUACAGCUUUUGGGCACCUAUUGAACACAUGGAGGCGGAUAUUGUAGUUAGCCCUUCAGGGACGCGGACAUGUCACGGUGUACCUGUAUAA